AUGGGGCAGGGCGCCCUGGAGAUGGACAAGGGACGCGGGGGCACACAGAACGGGGGGGGACCUGCCCCCGGCGACCGGUACUGCAGCCGGGGACCCGCGCACGCGCGGCGGCAUCGCCGCUCUGCCGCCGGCCGGGACCGGCGACGCGAUAGCGCGGUGCCGCCGCAGUCGCUGCCGCCUCCCCGUGGCCCAACGGGAGCCGCGCCGGGGCGGGUGAGGGGCUGCGGGCGCGUUGUGAGAUCCUCCGGCCGGAGCCUCGGCGGGCGCGGCAGCUGCUCCGUGCCGGGGCCGGGCAGCCCCUGCCGCUCCCGGCAGAGGCGCGGGGCCGGUCCCUCUGCAGUCGCCCAGCGCUCCCCGAAACUGGCCGUGGGGCCCCGGGGGUGCCGGGCUGUGGGGUGGCCUCGGUCCCCCCGCCGCUCGGCACGGCCCGGGGAGGACGCGGAGGGAGUGGGGAAGCAGAGAGGAAUGUCAACUGCCACUAUUGCUCCAGGGUCAUCCUUUUUUCUGCUGCAACAGCACAGGACAGAUGGAGAGGAUCUGGAGUGCUCUGUGAGUACAAGGUUUUACCCUUCCCUCUGAGCCGCAUUGACUGAGCGAGAAGAGCAGCAGCAGCGCCAGGGCUGUAGCGGCAGCGCUGGGUCCCUCAGCGUCAUUCUGGUCACGGCACAGCCUGCUCCUGCCCCUCGCAGGGUGAUCUCACUGUGCUGGGAGGAAGGGGCUGGGCAUUUUCCUGCACCAGCCAGAGGUUCACUGUUAGGCUGAGAAGGUGUUCCAGGUGGCUUCGAUCAGCCUGAAGAGGGACCUGAAGCGUCGGCAUGGCUCUGGCUUUGGCAGGCUGUGUCGUGUUUCGAGCGGAGCUGUUUUCCCGGGAUCCUCCUGUUGCUCAGCGCCUGUCCUGUCCCUCGGUUGGAGGGCAUUGCCCUACUCUCUUGGGUGCUCUUCUGAUUGAUGCUGCUGAAUUCCAGUUGGGCUUUGUUGUUUGUUUUGCAGGUGCCUUUUUGUCUGUGUCUCACGCUGCUCGAUAGCUGCCCCAGCCCGGGUUUGUGGCUGGUUGGUGGAGCCACCUGAGGGGAAGGGGCCAGCCCUGGGUCUGGGCGUUUCGUGAUGUCUUUUUGCGGUGAAUAAAAAUGAAGGGUAUCUGGGGA